AAAAGAUUCAAGGCGACGGAGAUUAGAAUGCAUUCUAUCGACGCCAUGGCGUCGAUUCUGGGAGUCGUCACGGGUGUCAUUGGGAUUGUCGACUUUGCCAUCAAGCAGGUGACAAAGAUCUCCGAGCUGGUCAAGGAGCCCAAGAAAACAAUUCGCAAAUGCAAGGAGUUCGCGGAUGAGCUGGUCCUUACAGAACCUCUGCUGCAAUACAUCAAGGAGUAUUUCAGAGGAGUCCCGGCCGAUAGCGCAACCAUGGGCAUCCUGGUGAUUCUUUCUCAAGCGAUCUGGGAUGCCAGAGUCACAAUCGAGGAGGUCCAUCAUCUUUCGACCUGGAAAAGAUAUCGCCGGGCAAAGGCCAUUGGGGCGAACCUUGAGCGCUGCAUAAUCCAGUAUCGCGCCGCUCUGGAUCGCCUGGUGCUCCUGCAGACCUUCAGGACGAUGAUCUCUGUUGAUGCGCUGCGUCAGCUCAACGGCAGCAAGGAGAAGUUGAAAGCUCUCGAGAAGGAAGUGAAGAGCAUUCAUUCUGAGCUGGCGGAAGUCAGCAGCUCUUUCUCAGCAAUGCCUGAUGUGUUGGCUGAUUCAGCACCUCGGUCAGGUCAGAUUAAGGAGAGGCUACAACAAACCCAAACUGUUGCGGAGCUGCAAGCCAAAGUCAAGGAAAUACAGCAGAACCCCAGACUUGUGAAGGCGCUACGAGUGCUGGGCUUGACUGACGAGAAUUCAUCUGCCGAGUUGGAAAAGCUCCAGCAGUUGCUGCGGGACGAGAAGCUCCGUGAGUUUGAUGAUGAGUAUUUGGAGCCUGUAGAGGAUGCAAACAAGCUGGUGUUCAGGAGCAAAGACACGGAAUUUCAACGGUUCAGAUUGAAGAAAAGUGUGGAUCUCUUGACCGAGGGCACUCUGGUCAUGGUGAAGUUCUUCCUGGGGGCUGCUACAAAUGCAAGGGGCGACGAACUGCGGAACUUUCGGAUCCAAGUGCAAUAUCUACAAUGGGUCGCAUCUCAAGGCAACACCUGCAAAAUUCUUGGUUUUUACAGGAGGAGGCACGACUUCGGCAUUGUGAUGAAGAACUACGAGGGCUUUACCCUGGAGAGUCGCAUCCGCGAGGGAAAGCUCCAGAGAUCCGAGUACCUACAUGUGGCCUACCUCUUGGCUCAGACAGUGGACGUGCUGCACAAUGCAGGCUUGAUCAUCGGCGACCUUUCUCCGCGGGGCAUCUUUCUGGAAUUCAACAUGCGGCCUGUGAUUGCCGACUUUGGCCUGUCCAGAGUAGCCGCCAUGUCGUUCAUCAGCUUCAGUGUUGCGACUGCUGAGGAGAAGGACGUGGAGCCCUACCUAGCACCUGAAGUAUGGAUGGACCAUCCAACACCGGCAAGCGACGUGUGGAGCCUAGCUUGCAUUCUGGUGGAGAUGAUCACCGGCGUGCGGCCCCACAACCUGGUCCCCGAUCUUGAGGAGUGGGUUGGCGAGGCGAAGCACUCUCCAAAGCUGCCCGCCCCUUCCGAGAUAGGGCCACCUACUGGGAUUGGGCCUGCUCUUCAUGAGACACUGCAGGCUUGCUUCAAGCCUGAUGCUGAGCAGCGUUUACGGCUCGGUGGCUCUGAUGGGUUGUUGCGACGUCUUGAGAUCUACCAUGCAGCGGAGGUGAGCGGAAGGCCUGAGCAGCUGUGAACCUGAAGAAGAGCUUGACACAGUUGUCUAACCAUAUUCAAUCACGUCUGAGCAUUUGCAAUAAGGUGUACGCCAGGAAAUUUUUUAUUCUUUUUUUUUCUUUUUUCCGUCGAGUCUUUUUAAUGUGGAGAUCAUGCUUUUUUGGAACUCCCAGGCCUAUGGAAACUUCAGGCUAGGCAUCUAAGAAGUGAUUUAUAUGUUAUCUCAAGGAAUGUUGGUUUGAAGUUGUUCAAAAAGUCUCUAAGAUAUUGUAGUGGCUCAACUGACCGCUCAAGUCUAGCUGUUUGCU